AUGUUCAACCGCGUAAAGGGCCUGUUCUCGGGUGGUCUUGACGACCCGACGGUCAUCAACGUAAAGUGGAACCGCGAAAGACUGGUCAUUCCGCUCAAGAACGGUCUCCGCGUCCCGCUCUCAGAGCUCCGGGCAGCACUCGCAGAGCGCACAUCACUGCCGCCGAAUGCAUUCAAGCUCAUCCACAAGGGUGCAGUCCUAAAAGACGACUCUGCACUGUUGAGCGCCUAUAGCAUCGCACCGGGCGCAACCCUCCAACUUCUCGAGAUCAACGCCGCGCCCUCCGCUCCCGCGCCCAAGGCGCCCAAAACGGAAGAGUCGACGAUCGCGCAGAUUCGUGCAGAGCUCGCGCAAGUGCAAUCGAACUUGCAACCCGGCGUGGAGGCGUUCAUCGCCGCGCUCUCCCCCGAUACACCAAACGCCACUUCAUCUGCCGCCGCACCUCAGCCCAUCGCGACCGUCACCUCUGCAUCCGCACCUACUCCCGCGCCAGCAGAAAAGCCCGCGGUGUUGCAGGGCACGAAUACGUUGACGGAACAGCAUACGAAGCUGGGCGAGCUGUUGUUGCAAGCGUUGUUGAGGCUCGACGCGAUCAACAUUGAGAGUGGAUGGCCGGAUGCGAGAGCAGAGAGGAAGGGUGCUGUCAAGACUGUACAGGGUGUACUCGACCGCGUUGACGGCGCAUGGAAAGACGCGAAAGCGAGGGGCGUGUCGUAG